AUGGCAGAAUUGAAGAAACCUGACACUGCAGACAUGGCCGACAGCAGAGAUGAUGCAAAAUCCAUUGAAGCAACCCAAGUCCAUGAAGUGGGACAGGAUCAACUGAACCGGGCUCUAUCUCAAAGACACCUUGUCAUGAUGGCUAUUGGAGGUGUAAUAGGGCCGGGAUACUUUAUGGGAAUGGGAACCGGUCUCUCGACUGCCGGCCCUGCCGGCCUGCUCAUAUGCUUUGCUAUUGUUGGCAUUCUGUUGUGGUUUGUGAUUCAGUCUCUGGGUGAGAUUGGAUCUUUCAUCGCCGUCUCUGGGUCCUUCACCCAUUAUUCCGCCAGGUUUAUUGAUCCAGCAUGGGGUUUUGCUCUGGGCUGGAAUUAUUUCCUUCUAUGGGCGGUUCGUAUUACCUUUCCCGUCAUUUUCUGGUCGGUUAUUUUCAUGUCAUUUGCCCUACUCGGUGUUUGGGCAUUCGGCGAAGCAGAAUUCUGGCUUGCUCUCGUCAAGAUCAUUGCUAUCCUAUCUUUCUUCCUUUGUUCGAUUCUCAUCUCAACCGGUGUCAUUGGAGGGCAGAAUAUCGGGUUCAAGUACUACCAUGACCCAGGCCCCUUCGCUGAUGAAAUCAAGGGUGUAUUUCAAAUAUUCGUGUUUGCGGGCCUUCAAUACAGCGGAACUGAGAUGAUUGGGCUCACGGCUGGUGAAUCUCGCAAUCCAAGCAAAGAUAUCCCCAAAGCUGUUAAGAGUAUCGUGUAUCGAAUUGUGAUCCUCUUCCAAGGAGGUGUCUUCUUCCUCACGAUUACCGUUCCGUGGAACGAUGAAAACCUCCUGGGAAGGACUACCAAAAAGAGUGCGAGCUCUCCUUUCGUCAUCGCUUUUAACCGCAUUGGAGCCACAGCCGGCGGUCAUGCCAUCAAUGCUGUCAUUCUGGUCACGAUUUUCUCGGCCGUUAACAGUGCUGUCUAUGUUGGAUCGCGAACUCUGUAUGGCUUGGCGAAAGAAGGUGCGGCACCCAAAGUGUUCCUUUACACCUUGAAGAAUGGCUCACCCAUUGUGGCCUUGGUGGCAUUUCAUAUCCUUGGCUUUCUAUCACUUCUCAACCUUUCGUCCGGUGCAGGUGCAGUGUAUACCUGGGUUGUUUCCAUGACGGGUGUUGCUACUUUCAUAACAUUUUUCACUUACAUCCGAAAUGUUUUCCAGCAGCUGACAUUUUCAUCAGGGGCAACAAUAUGCCUCUGUCAUAUACGCCUUCGUAAGGCUAUGCAACUACAGAACAUGUCUCCGUCUGUUCUGCCGUAUCGCACGGGUACCUGGCCUUGGGGCGCAUAUCUUGGAUUUGGAAUUUCAGUCUUUUUUGUUUUCUUCCAAGGCUGGACAUCUUUUGCUCCUUGGAGUGUCCAAAACUUCUUUAUGAACUAUAUCAUCGUCAUCGUGUUCAUUGUGCUAGGGGUUUCUUGGAAAAUUGCCAAAAAGACGCAUUGGGUUCGAUUGGAGACAGCGGAUCUUGUUACUGGAAGGCGAGAUUGGCUACUGUAG